AUGACUCCCCAGACAGUAGGAGGCCUUUCGGCUCCGGCCAAGCUGACCUCCAGACCGGGCCGUUCUCCUCUGCUGCUCCUCCUCCUCCUCACCGUACUCCUGCUGUCUCUGCCCAGCCUCUCUGGCGCCUCAGAGCCUCCAAGAUUCAUCCAGAUUCCCAAAGACCAGAUAGCCGUGUCAGGGGGAACUGUCUUAUUUGUGUGUCAGGCCACAGGUGAACCUAGACCACAGGUUGAGUGGAGAAAAAAAGGAAAGACAAUCGUUUCUCAACUAAAUCGUUAUGAAGUCAGAAAGUUUGAUGGGGGUGCAGGAGCUGUGUUGAGGAUCCAGCCUAUGAGAGCACCAGGGGAUGAGGCCACCUACGAGUGUGUGGCCCGCAACACACAAGGAGAAGCAUCGGUCACCUCUAAACUCACAAUACUUAGUGAGGACAAGCUUCCCCACGGCUUCCCCACCAUAGAUAUGGGUCCUCAGCUGAAGGUGGUGGAGCGCUCACGUACAGCCACCAUGCUGUGUGCCGCCAGUGGCGAGCCAGAGCCUGUCAUCACCUGGUUUAAGGACUUCCUGCCAGUCGAUCCCAGUGCCAGUGGCGGACGCAUCAAAAUGCUGAAAUCUGACUCUCUAGGUGCUUUGCAGAUUGAAAACUCAGACGAAACAGACCAGGGGCAGUACGAGUGUGCAGCAUCCAACUCUCAGGGUGUUCGCUUCUCUGCCCCAGCCAACCUUUAUGUGAGAGAGUGCUGUAUGCCCCCUCGCUUCCACACCCUCCCCACCAACCACGAGCUCAUGCCAGGAGGAAGUGUCAACCUCACUUGUGAGGCUGUGGGGCCACCCAUGCCCUCCGUCAAAUGGAUGCUCGGGUCUGAGGAUCUGACACCAGAGGACUCGAUGCCAAUUGGCCGAAAUGUGUUGGAGCUGACGAAUGUGCAACAGUCAGCCAACUACACCUGUGUGGCCAUGAGUUCCCUGGGCACGAUCUCAGCAGAGGUCGAAGUCAAAGUCAAAAAGCAAUGCAUCUCAUGUACAUCAAAAAUGCGUACAGGGGCAGCUGUGGCCUAA